AUGGGUGAGAGAGGUUGUGAUCCAAAUGUAGUGACCUGUAGUGCAAUCAUUGAUAAGCUUUGCAAGGACAAGCUAGCUGUUGAGGCAUUAGGCUUCUUCUCUCAAAUGAGGAACAAAGGCAUUUCACCUAAUGUUGUGACAUACACAUCCCUAAUUCAUGGUCUUUGCAAUUUAGGCAAGCAGAAUCAAGGUUUGACCUUGUUGAAAGAAAUGAUGGGGCAUAAUAUAUCACCAAAUAUUUUUACUUUCAAUAUAUUGAUCGACUCUCUUUGUAAGGAAGGAAUGAUUUCAAAGGCUCGGAUUAUGAUCAAAACGAUGAUUCAAAAAGGUGUGGAGCCUGAUGUUGUCACUUACAGUUCAUUGAUUGAUGGAUAUUGCAUGUGUAGCCAGAUUGAUGAAGCUAGAAAAGUGUUUGAUUUGAUGGGAAGAAAUGCCAUUGCUGAUGUUUUUAGCUACAAUAUUUUAAUUAAUGGAUAUUGUCAGAGCAAAAGGAUUGAUGAAGCAAUGAAGCUUUUUGAUGAAAUGCCUCAAAAGGGUUUAGUUCCUGACUCUAUUACUUAUACCACUCUUAUAAAGGGAUUGUGGGAAGUAGGAAGGCCUCAGACUGCACUAGAAUUUUUAAAGAACAUGUGCUCUCAUGGUCAGCCGCUAAAUAGAAUAACUUUAUCAACUUUGCUCCAUGGCUUGUGCAAGCAGGGAGAUCUUGACGAGGCACUUGCAAUAUUUGAAGCGAUGGAAAAGAGUAAGUUGAAGCCUAAUUGUGUGACCUAUAACAUUUUGAUUGAUGGUUUGUGCCAAGUUGGAAAGCUCAAUGAUGCAAAGCAACUAUUUUCUAGGCUUUUUGAAAAAGGUUUGGGGACUGAUGUUUAUACAUAUAGUAUAUUUAUAAAAGGACUUUGCAAAGAUGGCUUACUAGAUGAAGCAUACAAGGUGUUCAGAGGAAUGGAAGAUGGUGGAUGUUUACCGGAUAGUUGCUGUUAUAAUGUAAUCAUUCAAGGGUUUCUUAAUCAUGAGGAUGUACCAAAAGCUUUGCAACUUAUUGAUGAAAUGGUUGAUAAGGGAUUCUCUGCAGAUGCCACAACCACCAAAUUGUUGAUACAUUUAUGUCGCCAUAACGAUCUCAUUUUGAGAGAACUAAGAAAUCGAUCUAAAGGUUCUAAAGGUGUAAUGUCUUCCAUUAAUCACGUCAUUCUUAUCCAUGCUAUGCCUUCUAUUGUUCAACUUGGUCCAUUUUUAUCUGCUCUCAUGAGAAUGAAACAAUACCACUCUGUCCUUUCCUUGUCUACAGAAAUUGAGUAUCUAGGAAUUUCACACAAUGUUCAUUCUCUUUCCAUCUUGAUUAAUUGUUUCUGCCGCUUACACCAUCUGGAUUUUGGCUUCUCACUUUUAGGCAAAAUCCUCAAAAUUGGACUGGAGCCUAACAUUGUGACGUUUAAUACUUUAAUUAAUGGUCUCUGUAUAGAGGGUAAGAUCAAUCGAGCAGUAGACCUUUUCAACCAUAUUGUUGAGAGAGGUUAUCAGCCUGAUGUUCAUACUUACAGCGUGAUAGUAAAUGGUCUGUGUAAAUGUGGGAAUACAAAUGUGGCUAUUGAGGUGCUGAAGGAAAUGGUUGAGAGAGGCUGUGAGCCAAAUGCUGUAACAUACAAUACAAUCAUUGAUUCCCUUUGCAAAAAUGAGCUAGUUGCUGAGGCAUUGGACAUCUUAUCUCAAAUGAGGAGUAAAGGCAAGCAGAAUCAAGCUUUGGCUUUGUUGAAAGAAAUGGUGCGGCAUAACAUAUCGCCAGUUAUUGUUACUUUCAAUAUAUUGAUCGACUCUCUUUGUAAGGAAGGAAUGAUUUCAAAGGCCCAAAGUAUGAUUAACACAAUGAUUCAAAGAGGUGUGGAGCCUGAUGUUUUCACUUACAAUCCAUUGAUUGAUGGAUAUUGUAUGCUAAGCCAAAUGGAUGAAGCUAGAAAAAUAUUUGGUUUGAUGAAAGGGCUUGUGGGAAGUAGGGAGGCAGAUGUGAUAACUUUAUCAACUAUGAUUCAUGGCUUGUGCAAACAUGGAGAUAUUGAUGAGGCACUUGUAAUAGUUAAAGCGAUGGAGAAGAGUCGGUUGAAGCCUAGUUGUGUGACCUAUACAAUUUUGAUUGAUGCUAUUUGUCAAGCUGGAUGGUUCUAUGAUGCCAAGAAAAUAUUUUCAAGGCUUUUUGAAAAUGGUUUGCAGCCUAAUGUUUGUACAUAUAGUAUAUUACUAAAAGGAUUUUGCAAAGAAGGCUUACUAGAUGAAGCAUAUACGGUCUUUAGAGGAAUGGAAGAGGGUGAAUGUUUACCAAAUGAUUACUGUUAUAAUGUGAUUAUUCAAGGGUUUCUUAGGCAUGAAAACAUGUCAAAAGCAUUGCAACUUAUUGAUGAAAUGGUUGAUAAGGGAUUCUCCGCAGAUGUCACGACCAUUGAACUGUUAACACAUUUAGGGCGCUAUAACAAUCUCAUUUUGAGAAAACUGCGAAAUCAGUCUGAAAAUCCCAAAGGCGUAAACGUUAAGUGAGAUCUUAAUGAUCCACACCUGAUCAACAUGUGCAAGAUGUCUUUGUUAUGCUACAUGUAUCUAUAUCAAAGUCUGUACAGUCAGUAUGAUGUUAGUUAGUU